AAGACACCAGAAAACAGAGACUGCCCAUGCUGGGUGGGCACACAGUCCUGCUCUAGAAUUGGCCCUCUCCAGCUCAUGGAAAGAUCUAAUCCUCCAAUCCUGCAGAGCUUUUGGUGGAUAAGGACAUUUCACAUGAAAAUCUGGCUUCUUUUUUCACUGAGAGCAGUGAAAGAUCAGACUGCAGAACCCCCGUUCCUACUCAGCAAUAGCUGUCUAAACUGAGACAGCCACCACCUUGAGACAAGCUGAGACUCCCGCCAGAAAGGACAACAUGCAUCUGCUUGGCUUCGGGCUCCUGCUGCUCCUGUGGCAAGAGUACCCAGUUUUCUGUGGCUCAUCAGGCUGGACAUUUAAACACCCCCAAACUAUCUACGCCUGGGAGGGAGCCUGCGUCUGGAUUCCCUGUACAUACAAAAAUCAAGAGGAACAAAUGCUCCUGGAUAAUUUCACGCUGUACCACAAUCCUGAAUAUGACAAAGACAUUAAAGAAUUCAAAGGGACUGUUUUAUAUAAGAAGACAGACAACAGUGAGAGCUUUUCUUAUCAGAACAGAGUGAAAAAGGCAGAAGAAAAUUGUACCCUGAGCAUCAACCCAGUGAAUAUUGAAGACAGUGGCAAGCUCGGAAUGAGGGUGACAUGGGGAGGAAAAAAAGAGAAAGGAGACCAAGAGAAAGCAGACAAAUGGAUGGAGGACCUAUACCUCAAUGUCUCCAAAACCCCUUUUCCACCUGAGCUCCAGCUCCUACCUUCAGAAAUAAAGGAGUCUGAGUUGGUUACUGCCACCUGCUUGCUGCAUUUUUCCUGUUUUGAGUAUGACAUCCAAUUGCAUUGGUCUUUGGAGGAGCUCGACUUAGCCUCUCCUACCAUUGAAAACUUCACCUCCCUUUCGACUGACAACAUCUUCACCAAGAGCAUGCUUAAGUUCAAGCCACUGUGGACUCACCAUGGGAAGACCCUGAGCUGCCGGGUCCUGCAUUCGUCCAAAGUGCUCUCUGAGAAAACGGUGCAACUGGAUGUGAAACACCGUCCGAAGUUGAAGAUUGAGGUCAAUCCCAGAGAAGCCAUUGUAAUGAAGGGGGACUUUGUGAACAUGACGUGCCAGGUCACCAGCAGCAACCCAGAGCACCGAUCUAUAUCCUGGCUCAAGAAUGGGAUCCCUAUGAAAGAGAAGCAGCCCACGCUAACUCUGCCCAAAGUGACCAAGGAGAAACAAGGGAUUUACUUCUGUCAGGCCUCCAACGCCGUGGGCCUGGGCAAGUCGGCAGAAGUGAAUCUCCAAGUGCUGUAUGCACCAGAACCUUCCACGGUUCAGAUCCACCCAUCACCUGCUAAGGAGGGAAAAUCAGUAGAGCUGAUUUGUGUAUCAUUGGCCAAUCCUCCUGCAAAAAAUUACACUUGGCAUCACAAUGGGGACAAAAUCCUGGAAGAGACAGAGGAGAAAUUUCAGAUCUCCAGCGUUUCCCUUGAGCAUGCUGGCCGUUAUUCCUGCUUGGCAGAAAACAUUUAUGGCCAUGGACAGAGUGGCCAGGGUGCUGAGCUGGAUGUCCAGUAUCCCCCCAAGAAGGUGACUGUGGUGAUUCAAAACUCCACACCCAUCCGAGAAGGAGACAAUGUGAAGCUGUUCUGUGAAUACCACUCCAGUAACCCGAAUGUUACCAGGUUUUAUUGGAGCCUUGGAAGCUCCUGGAAUCAGAUUUUCACCCAAGUGUGGUUUUACAAGGUUUCCUGGGACACUCCACCUAUCACCUGCAAAGCCUGUAACGAGUGGUGUUCAGAGUCGUCCUCCGUCAAUCUGGAUGUUCAGUAUGCCCCCAGAGAUGUGAAGGUCCUGCAGACCACACCCAGUUCAGAGAUUCGCGCUGGGAACCGGGUCGUCCUCCAAUGUGACUUCUCACAGAGCCGCCCCAAAGAAGUCCAGUUCUUCUGGAAGAAAAAUGGAAGUCUUCUGCAAGAAGGAAGAGAAUUGGUUUUCAACUCCAUAUCCCCAGAAGAUGCCGGGAAUUAUAGCUGUUCAAUCAAUAACUCCAUCGGAGAGACCAUGUCAGAGAUCCGGAGACUCCAAGUGCUGUAUGCACCCCGGAGGCUGCGCGUGUCUUUCACCCCAGGGGACAGAGUGAUGGAGGGGAGGAAGGCAGCCUUGACUUGUGAGAGUGAUGCCAACCCUCCUGUGGUACACUACACCUGGUUUGACUGGAAUAACCAAGACCUCCAGUACAAUGGCCGGACACUGAGGCUGGAGCCUCUGCAGAUCGAACACUCGGGCUCCUACAGGUGCCAGGUCUCCAACAGGCUGGGAACGGGCGAGUCGCCCCCCAGCACCCUCACCGUCUACUACAGCCCAGAGAGCCUUGGCAGACGAGCGGCCAUAGGGAUCGGGUCCUGCCUGGGCAUCGUCAUCCUGGCCAUUUGGGGAAUGAAGUUUCAACAACACAGGAAGAGGGCCAGGAGCCGGCAGGGGGCUCAGGAAAAUUCCAGUAGUCAAAGCUUCUUUGUGCAGAAUAAAAAGGUUAGAAGGGCACCUCUCUCGGAAGGCCCCCACUCCUUGGGAUGCUAUAAUCCAGUGAUAGAAGAUAGCAUUAGCUAUGCUGCCUUGCGCUUUCCCGAGAUGGAUGCACCGAGAACUGGAGACGCAGGGACCUCUGAAAUGCAAGGACCUCUCGCGAAUAACAAUGACACAGUCACAUACUCAGUGGUGCAGAAACGUCAUGUGGGUGACUACGAGAAUGUGGUACCAGAUCUGUCAGAAGACGAGGGGAUCCAUUACUCAGAGCUGGUGCAGUUUGGGGUUGGAGAGCGGUCCCGUGUGCAUGAAGACGUGGACUACGUGACCCUCAAACAAUGAUGCCGGAACUGACAGUGGUGAAAAUGCCUGGGCCAAAGGCACCACAGAGUCCCAGAGGGUCUCCAGCUGCUGCUGCUGAGUCACAGUGCCACCCUUGCCCCAGUCACUGGGGAGAACCUUGAGCCAGGGAAGUCCCAGAGCCAGACUUCCUUCUUAGUACUGGUAACCCCUCUCCACCAAAAAGCCUGUGCCUGUCUUUCUUCCUCUCUUUCUCAUCUAGAAAUUCACCUUCUGCUGCACAGCCCCCAGCCCCAGCCCCAGCCCCAGCCCCAGCCUCUGCCACCACCUACCCCUCCCAAUCCCUGCGCCAGCUUGCUGUGUUCCUUCUGGGCCCCACAUGUCACUAUGUUUUCUUCUUCCCUUUUCUUUUGACCCCUCCACCCCAACUCACUGACUUUUAAGCUCAAUUUCUGCCCCUUGGGGAAUACCAAGGAUGGACAGAAAUGAAGUAGAAAUAGGCACUGUCCCCAGCAAGCAAGGCUUCCACGGAGAGGAUGACACUGCAGUGGCCCUGCCCUCAGGUCCCAGGGGCUGAGCAGACGAACUGACCAGGACAUGCACCAUGGACAAAGAGCUGCAAAAUAAAAAUGGCACAGAUGCCACUUCUAAGAAUGA